AUGAACUGGUCUAAAGGCGCAACCAGUAUUGAAGCAGACGCAAUAGCUGAAGGAUUUUUAAGUAGCGUAAAAUUGCAUGGAUUGAAGUAUAAUAAAUUGAUUGGUGAUGGUGACAGUAGUGUCACUAAACGUCUGAAUGAAAUAUUGCCGUACGGAUCACGUAUGUUGGUAGAAAAAAUAGAAUGCAGGAAUCAUAUAUUGAGGAAUUAUGGGCAAAAAUUAAUGGCACUUACCAAAAAAACCUCUUAUCCAUGUUACAUUCGAAAAUUCAUUAUAAGAAAUAUUAUUAGAUUCCGUACGGCAAUUACAAAAUCCAUACAAUAUCGUAAAAAGUUGAAUCAGUCUCUUUAUGAACAAACUGAAGGUUUACGAAAAGAUGUUAUAAAUGGGCCGUAUCAUAUUUUUGGACAGCAUACAUUGUGUGAAAAAUAUUUUUGUCGUGGGCCAAAAGAGUGCGAAAAAAAUUUAGUUCCAGAAAUAGUGAAAUGCGGUCUCAUGAAUGAAAUGUCAGCUAUUCUUCGUCGUGUAAUCGAUAAUGCACGUAGUUUAUUAUUUGAUGUUGACAAUAACUACUGUGAGCAAUUUAAUAGCGUCAUCAACAAAUAUAUUGCUGGUAAACGAAUAAAUUUCACCCAAAAGCAAUCAUACAAUACUAGGGUCCAUGCAGCUAUUGUAUCAUUCAAUUCGGGUGGUCAAUUUAUUCGCGAAAUCCAUAAAAAAAUUACGAAAAAAAGUCCAGGAAUUAUUGGGAAAAAAUUUUUAAAAUAUACUAGAGACAAAACAAAAAGUCUGAAAUAUCGAAGAGCUCUCUUUGUUUCAAAAGGUGAUAAACAAAAAAAAAAAAAAAAUUCAAACGGACCAGAUGAAAAUUAUGGAUUGGCCGAGCCAUUAAAUGACUUUUUAUCUGACGAAGAAUUUAAAAUUAAAAAGCUUGAAUUUAUACAGUCGAUAACUCUUUCGGAGGCAUCGAAAGUACAGUUAGAGUUAGAAACUAGGAACCAAGCAAAAAAUCAAAGGUGGUUUGAGGAACGAAGAAAACGAUUAUCGGCGUCAAAUUUUGGAAGGGUGUGCAAAAUGAGACCUUACACCUCAUGUAAAGUAACUGUACAUAAUAUACUUUAUGGUUGUAUAAACACCAGUGCUACAGAAUAUGGUAUUCAAACUGAACAACAAGCACUUAUGCAACUACAAAUGGAAAUUAAAAAAAAAAUUAAUAAAUGUGGGUUUUAUUCACGACAAAAUAUUCCAUUUUUGGCAGCAACUCCAGAUGGUUUAAUAGAAGACCGAUAA